CUGUACUAGAUAAUUCCUCUCAAGACCUACCCUGUCAAGAACCAUCCAUCAAUUGGAUCAGAUUUUGACACGUGUCCUCGAUGCACCUGAUCACCGCCCGAUCUAUUAGUUCACACGCGUCCCGAACACAAACCGGCUACAGACAGUCGCGUAGGGCUAUCCACCGGCACUUCCGGUCACUCUCCCCUCUCCGAUUCCCGCUAGAUACAUAAACUCCGAUCGAACACUGCCAUUUUUUAGCUCCAUAUCUAUGGUUUCUCAGAAUUAAUUUGAAAGUUAGCUGAUUUGAUUGGUUUUGUAUGAAGAACUACUGAUGUUUGCCUCUCUUAAUUCUUAUAAUUUGUGAACUCUUCGAGGUUAGAGUCUGUUUUAUAUUUGGAAUCUCUAAUUAGGGACAUCAUUGAGGCUGGUGAUUGUAAAAUUCUAGGGUGGGGUGUAAUUUAUUCAAGGUGGAAAACAUCUGCCUCUUUCGGGGGUAUUGAACAGAUCCAAUUUCAAUUACCUAUUAAUUGUUGAUUACACAACCAAAAGCACUGGCGCUGGAUAACUACUUGGAUUCCAGCCAGCAAACGGCUCUAUCACGAAUGGGGCCUUCUCGGGCCGGAGUCGGAAUGAUACAUUCCAAUUCCAGUUCCGGAAUCUUCUUCCAAGGAGACAUGCAGUCUCAAGCUUUAGGUAAUCCCCAUUUGGGGUCUUUUGGAGGAAACAUACGUUCAAACAUGGUACCUCUCUCUGGGGACAUGAAUAAUGUAGCUACUUCAGGGCCUAGUAUUGGUGCAAGUUCAUUGGUUACUGAUGCUAAUUCAGGGCUUUCAGGAGGUGGUGGUGGUGGCCCACGUAUGCAAAGAAGUGCAAGUGCCAACACAGAAUCUUACAUGAGAUUACCUGCAUCCCCCUUAUCAUUCUCCUCAAACAAUAUUAGCAUUUCAGGCUCUUCUGUUAUAGAUAAUCAAGAUCCACACUCCCAAUCCCAACAAGUGCCACGUCAGGGAGCUUCAACUGCCACGUCAUUGCCUCCCCCACGACAAGUGUCACUCUCACUCCCAAAUGGCCCACGAGUUCCAGGAUCAUUCAUUCAAGAUAAUGACAAUAUCUCCCACUUACAAAAGAAACCUCGAUUAGACAUCAAACAAGAAGACAUGAUGCAACAACAGGUUUUACAACAGAUAUUACAAAGACAAGAGUUACAAAGCCCAAAUCCACAGCUACAAACUUUGAUUCAACAACAAAGACUACGCCAACAACAACAACAGCAACAGUUGCUGCAGUCUUUGCCACCUGUCCAACGAGCACAUCUGCUUCAACAGCAGCAACAGCAACAGCAACAGCUGCAGUUAAGACAACAACUUCAACAACAGAGCUUGCAACCUUCAUCUUCAGUGAAACGACCUUAUGAUGGUGGUGUAUGUUCAAGAAGAUUGAUGCAGUAUUUGUAUCAUCAAAGGCAACGCCCAGCUGAUAAUGUUAUUUCCUACUGGAGGAAGUUUGUAGCAGAGUAUUACUCUCCACGUGCUAAAAAAAGAUGGUGUUUGUCUUUAUAUGAUAAUGUAGGGCAUCACUCAUUGGGUGUAUUUCCACAAGCAGCAAUGGAUGCAUGGCAGUGUGAUAUUUGUGGGUCAAAAUCUGGAAGAGGAUUUGAGGCAACUUUUGAAGUUCUACCCAGACUGAAUGAAAUAAAAUUUGGAAGUGGUGUAAUCGAUGAGCUUUUGUUUCUUGAUUUACCUCGGGAAUAUAGAUUUCCUUCUGGAAUAAUGGUGUUGGAAUACGGACAAGCUGUUCAAGAAAGUAUAUAUGAGCAACUUCGUGUGGUUCGUGAAGGUCAACUCAAAGUUAUUUUCACCCCUGAUUUAAAGAUAUUAACCUGGGAGUUUUGUGCACGAAGACAUGAGGAGCUUCUUCCACGUAGAUUGGUUGCACCUCAGGUGAAUCAGUUGUUACAAGUUGCACAAAAAUGCCAAUCUACAAUAGCUGAAAGUGGUUCUGAUGGUGUCUCCCAGCAAGAUUUACAGACAAAUAGCAACAUGGUCGUGACAGCUGGGCGACAGCUGGCAAGAAGCUUAGAGUUGCAAUCAUUAAACGACCUGGGUUUUUCCAAAAGAUACGUUAGGUGCUUACAGAUAUCUGAAGUUGUCAAUAGCAUGAAAGACUUGAUGGAUUUCUGUCGUGAAACUAAAGCGGGCCCUAUCGAGGGAUUAAAAAGCUAUCCGCGACAAACAAGCUCUUCAGUGAAAUCACAAAUGGAGCAAAUAUCUAGCAUUCCAGACCGAAACACCCUGAGUAAACUAGUGUCGUUGACCAACAAUACUCAACAACAGAUGGGUCCACGGGCCCCACUGAAUAAUGGUACAACAACCCAAACCCAAGCUGCAGUUGCACUAUCAAACUUUCAAAACAUGCUAAUGAGACAAAACUCAAUGAAUUCAAACUCCCAAUCUCAUCAACAACAAGAAGCUUCUUCUUCUUUCAACAACUCAAACCAACAGAAUUACCCGUUUCAAACCGGGUCCGGGUCGGGUGGGUUGUUAAACCCUAACCCACAUAUGAUCCAACAACAACAACAACAACAAAGGCCUAUUUUCAAUCAACAGUCACCCUCUCACAGUGGAAGUCAAAUGCAGCAACACAUGAUCCAGCAGCUUCUUCAAGACAUGAGUAGCGGCGGCGGUGGUGCAAAGCCGUCGCAUUCGGGGCAAAGUGCCGCCAGCGGGAGUAUGGGGAGAUACGGGAUGUCGUCAUCAGGUACUUCACGGCCGCCAGCUGUCCCGACUAGAAGUAACAGUUUUAAGGGGGCUUCACGGAGUGAUUCGUCUGCUGGUGUGGGUGUGGGUGUGGGUGUAGGGGUAGUUGGGGUGGGGGUAGGUGUAGGGGAUCGGAAAGAUCUGGGGAGUUUGUGUGAUGAUAUUGUUGGGGAUAUAGGGAGUGAGUUUAAUGGGAGUGGGUUUUUUGAUAAUGAUGAAUUGGAGUAUGGUGGUUGGAAGGGCUGAAUUUGGAAUUGUAUCAAAUGUACAGUUUGUAUUUUGACUAUUGGACUAUUAUCAUCAUAUACGUUGACAUC